AGCAGACUGUAUGUUGUUGAUUAUAUCGUGACGAAAGUUUUGUUUCAACUUAAGCUAAAAUUGAACCGUGAUAGUGUUUUGUAACAAUAUGUAUACGGUUUCAAAAGGGCCUAGUAAACUGGUUGCUAAAACACGAAGAGGAAUACCACAAAACUAUGAAAAGUAUGAAUUAUUUCGCGAUCUGGGCCGAAAGGAGUGUGAAAUUACGAGUGAGUACAGUGUGCCUCGACCCGUAUUUCAAGCGUCUACAAAAUCUGCAGCGGUGCAAUACCUGAAGGCGCAACAGCAGCAAUCAUUCGAGCAGGAUGUUAGUCCACAGCAUGAGGAGCUCAUCAAAUACAUACACGAUUCGUGGAACAUGGUAGUAGCGUCUAAUCCGUACGAUGUACCUGGGUCUCCUGACAGUACGGGUAUGCAUAGACUUGUGUUUCAUAUAGUACAAGAAAAUCGUAAUUUCUCAUUUUUUUGUGUUAUUUUAGGUUCGAAUUGCUCACUCUCCUCGAACAGUAGUACAUCAUCCAUGUCAUCCACAUCUAGCACAUCGACGGUGUACUACAAUGAACCUCCAAAUCCGUUAUUAGUCGAUUUCAAGCCAUUUGACCUCGAGACCUGGUGGGGGAAGAGAAUAUUCAACAACAUCACCAAAAGUUUGUAAAUUUCCUUUUUUGUUUACCUAACACUUCGUAUUUUAAGAAUUUAAAUGAACAAGCAUACCUGACAGCGUCCCUUGAGCUACACAGAUAAACAAUAGAUGCUUGCCGAGAGCGAAUAAUUGCAAUGGGACUUGUGACAAUUUAGGUUGCUUGUGAUUGAGAAAAAUGAUAUCGAGAAAAAUGCUGGAAUCAUUUCAUCUCCUGCGUUCUUGAUAGAUUAAUUGUUAGUCUUUGUCAUUUGUUCCGUUAGCAAUACAUGUUUUUGUAAUUUUCAGUUUAAAAGCCUUUAAGAUCUUACUAUGUAGUUCCUAUCAAUGAAUUGUAUUCAUUCUUUUGUCAUGCAUCAUGAUCAUUUAUUAGUGAUUAGCGUACGAAAUGUUUUGUAUAUUGGCUUUUAAAAUGUUUAAAAAUAAUUUUUCUUGUUGUUGACAAGAUUUAUCUGGCAAAUAUUGGUCUCCAAGUCUUACAUUUCAUUCGAUUGAUUUUAUUUUGAAUGAAUAAAACCGCGUGAUAGUCAGAAGCGCGAUUUUAUAACGUUUUGAAGACAGGAACCAAUAAGUCAAACAAUCAUUUCUACCAGUACAUCUAAAAUGUGGUUCAUUCUGCUAACAACACUAAGAACACUCAGAAGUAAAACCUUCCUUGGUUGCUCAAGUACGGGCUAUUCUUAGUUGUUUCAAAGUUGAUGCCUUUAGUUGUAUCCCAUCAUGGCAACUGGUUGAUUGGCUGUAUUGACUGUAUAUGUACGUUAUGUCAAUUCGAUAACUUUAUGAAGUGGUCUCGACCCAAUCCCAAACGACCAUAUAAUCAUUUCUAUACAAAUUUUGGUGCCGUAGAACUGAGGAUAGCCUGUGCAAGGUUCACCAACAUGGAGGAAUUUCUUUCUAUAAAACCGUAACGGUCGUAGUGAUUUUGUAGUGAUUGUGGGGUAGUUGCAAUAGUAGUUAAAGAAAGAUGAAAUACUGAAUAAUCGACACUGUAUGCAACAUCGUGUUGGUUGUGAAUAUGCAAAUAUAAAUCAUCACA